AUGGCAUUCAAAGGAGUUAUAACCAGACUGGUGUGGUGUCCACCAUUGAGCUGCAUUCGGUGGCUUGUCCAGUAUGGUAUAAAGACGGCAAGUGAACACAAGAUGAGGGCACUACAGAAAGCAAUCAUCGACAAUAAUGUUCUGGCCGAGUAUCAUCAGAUGAAGCACACCGAUGAAGACACCGGAGGGUCCAUAAUCAAGAGCACACCUUGUGUACCACUUGUACACAAGGUGCAUCAACAACUAGAUGCAUAUGACAAGACUGACCAGUUAACGUGGCACGAUGGUCUCAUACCAGCAGACGAGAUCUGGCUCAAGCUGGGAGGUGAUAAAGGUGGGAAAAUCUUUAAGCAAAUGUUCCAAAUGGCGAACCUCCAGCACCCAAACUCUCCUCAGCACACAAUAGUUGUUUGUGCCUUUGAGGCCACUGACAGCCAGUUCAACAUGGACUUGGGGCUGAUGCACUUCCGUGAGCAGGUGGUUCAGCUGAUGUCAUCUCAGUGGAGGGGUCGCAAAUUCAAAUUGUUCGUCUUCGGCGACUACAAAUACUUUUGCAAAAUAUACGGCUUAACUGGGCCUACUGGGAGACACUGCUGCUUGUGGUGUACGAUGCAAUAUUCAGAUAUGCGACUCCCCCUCCAAAUGCGCACCAAGAAUUGUGAGCCAAGAAGUCUUGAGAGCAUGAAGAGAUCACUGGAUGAAUUCAGGUCAAAAGGCGGCAUCCCAGCAAAAGCUAAAAACUUCCACAAUGUGAUUCGUGAACCACUUAUGAGUGUGCCACUUUCACAGGUGUGCAUUCCCGGCUUGCAUAUAAGUCUUGGGUUAUUUAUGAAACACUUCAAUAGUUUCGAAAAUAAUUGCCACAGACUUGACAUGGAAGUAAGCACAACACUAUCAGCACAGGACAUCAAGGAUCAUGAUGAUUCCUUCACAUCUAGCUACAAGAAUCUUGUUCAGAUAACUCACAGUGCAAGGAGUGAAGAUGCUCAGGCCAAAGCAAUCGCUGAUACCAGCCAGGCUCUGAUGCUUCAGAUGACAACACUAGCGGUGGCAACAGAACCAGCCGAUCCGGCAGUCCAGAUGUUGGCAGAGGCACAUGCCAAUAGCUUAAAACUUUCUAAAUCGAAGGCAUUGUGGAAGUCAAGGGACACUGCACUGAAGACAGGGAAAGGUCCUAUUGCAGGAGUACUAGAUACCACACUUAAAACCAUCAGAGUUUGCAGACAGGCCUACCACGGAGGAAGUUUUGUGGGCAACCACGUACACAAGUGCUCCCGAGAGUUGUCUGGGAAGUAUCAGGGCCUCUUCACCAGGUUCGCUGAAUGCCACAAUGUUUAUAACUCAGCGAGUAUCAUGACUGAUGACAUCAUUAACAAACUUGAAGAAGAUAUCACAUCCUACUGCCAGUAUUUCCGUGUCGAAUUUACAACAGAUUCCUGCCCUCCGAAAUUCCAUAUGCUUGUGGAGCAUAUCAUACCAUUCAUCAAGCAGUGGCGUUUUGGUUUAGGAUUCCUUGGAGAGCAGGGUGGAGAAGGAGUCCACGCUCGUCUGAACAACAUCAGGUAG